AGAGUCAACGCCGCCUUCUUGUCAUGCACGUCGCCGGUUGACUGGCAAAAGCAGAGCAGGAGGCACAAAAUGAAAAUGAUUCCAAUCACCAGCCCUGUCUCUCCCUUUCCGUUGGAUUGGAUGACAAAAUCCUAACCAAGUUACGGACAGCUCAGCUCAGCUCAGCCAUUUGAUUGGGGGGGAUCGGGGGAUCCGUGAUCCCUGAUCGGAAGGAAAAAAACAAGAAAGAAGAGAGAAAAAGAAGAAGGAAAAUAGGGAGAGAGGAGAACGCGGCUUUGAGAGGCGCACGACAGGGCACUGCCAAGUGGGGGCCAGUGUUCUCUUCCCUGAACUCCAUCCAAGUCAGCCCAGCUCUCUCUCUCUCUCUCUCUCUCUCUCUUUCCUCCCUCGCCUUCUCCCAUUUCUUUCUCCCUUCUUCCCCUUCGACCUCUUGCUUUAGAAAAAGGAACCAACUCGCCAUCGAUCCCUCUGCUCCGUGCUUUGGUUGAUUGGUUGGUGAAUUGGUUCCCUUUUUCUCUCUCUGGGGGGCGGCGGCGGGGGGUCUGUUUCUGUUGGUGGAGUGCUUCUCUUUUUGAAGUGAAAGACCACCUCCACCCCCCCCAUUGCGCUGACUCUGCCGCGUCUUUCUUGGACCGCGAAAGGGAGAGAGAGAGAGAGAAAUGGGGAAUUGCUGCUCCGACGACCGCGGCGGCAGGCCGACCAUCGGCGGCACUCCUACUGAUAUCGGCCUCGGCAACGGCAACGACGCCCCCAACGACGCUGUCCAUCUCUACCUCCGUUCUCGCGGCUACCACGGCCUCUUCUCUCAGAUCCAGCUGUCUUUCUCUGCCACGGUCCUGCGAGAUAGGGACGUCCUCUCUAAGAGUGAUCCUAUGUUGGUUGUCUACACUAGAGGAAGAGAUGGAGUACUUAAGGAGGUGGGACGGACAGAGGUCGUGCUCAAUUCAUUGAAUCCCAAGUGGAUCAAUACCAUUAACGUCACUUUCCAGUUUGAAAUUGUGCAGACAAUGUUGUUUCGUCUGUAUGAUGUGGACACUCAGUUUCACCAGAUAGAUGUAAAGAUGCUUAAGCUUGAGGAGCAGCAGUUUCUUGGUGAGGCCUCCUGUGCUCUUUCUGAGAUCAUUACCAAAUCAAACAGGUCAUUGACCUUAGAUCUGACACAUGGAGAAGAAUAUACAGGAUUAAGUUGUCCCCAAAAUUGCGGAAGGCUUGCUCUUCAUGCUGAAGAAUGUAUUAGCUCUAAGACUGCAGCUGAGAUGAUUUUGAGGUGUUCAGAAUUAGAGCACAAGAAUCUCUUCUCAAGGACUGAUCCUUUCCUGGUCAUUUCAAGAUAUGUGGAUGGUGGACUUUCAAUUCCAGUCUGCAAAACGGAGGUCAUCAGAAGUGAUCUCAAACCUACAUGGAAGCCAGUAUUUUUAAAUAUCCAACAAGUUGGAAGCAAGGACAGUCCCUUGGUAAUAGAAUGCUUCAACUUUAAUAGCAGUGGAAAACAUGAUUUGAUUGGGAAACUGAAGAAGUCACUAUUGGACUUGGAAAAGCUUCAUUCUAGUGGGACGGGAGAAAAUUUAGCUUUACCAACUGCUGCUGGAGAUAAAAUCCUGAAGAGCCAGCUAUUUGUGGAUACAUUUUCUGAGAGUACCCAACAUACUUUUCUAGAUUACUUGGCUGCGGGAUUCGAAGUGAACUUCAUGGUGGCUGUUGAUUUCACAGCUUCAAAUGGAAAUCCUCGCCUCCCUGAUUCCCUGCAUUAUAUUGAUCCCUCUGGACGGCCAAAUGCAUAUCAGAGAGCAAUCUUAGAGGUUGGAGAAGUAUUGCAGUUUUACGAUUCAGACAGGCGAUUUCCCGCUUGGGGUUUUGGAGCCCGGCCAAUUGAUGGUCCAGUCUGUCAUUGUUUUAACUUGAAUGGAAGCAGUACAUACUGCGAGGUCGAAGGAAUUCAAGGGAUCAUGAUGGCCUAUACGAGUGCACUUCUAAACGUUUCUCUUGCGGGUCCAACUCUUUUUGGACCUGUCAUUAGCAAUGCGGCACAAAUUGCUGGCCAAUCUCUUGCAAAUGGUCAUCAUAGAUACUUCGUGCUGUUAAUAAUCACGGAUGGUGUUGUGACGGAUCUUCAAGAAACCAAAGAUGCCUUGGUGAAAGCAUCUGACUUGCCAUUGUCGAUCCUCAUUGUUGGGGUUGGUGGAGCUGAUUUUAAGGAAAUGGAGGUGUUAGAUGCGGACAAAGGAGAAAGGCUAGAGAGUUCCAAUGGACGCGUUGCUACCCGUGACAUUGUCCAAUUUGUUCCCUUUCGAGAUGUGCAAAAUGGAGAGAUAUCUGUGGUUCAAGAACUCCUAGCAGAACUACCCACACAAUUUUUAUCGUACAUGCGGAGUAGAGACAUAAGACCAAGCUAUUAAGCUUUCGAGGAUUGUACAUAAAAGAAGUUGGUUUUGAGUGAUUGGUUUUGGGCUAUGUGAGGUUUCCUUUUGGAAGAGUAAGGGGUAGCUGCUGCCACGACUUGACAUUCUCUAGAAUUCCGUUGCUGUUAUCAGCAGGCUCAUUCUUUUAUCUAGCGUCACAGGCGGAUGCUCAUCACUUGCUUCCUUCACUUUCUGUGGGAGUCGCACACCUUUGUUUAGCACAUGACAGGUUGGAACUCGUGUCCGUGCCCUCCUCUAUGAUCACUGAGUGUAUUUUGCUAAUCCAUAUGAAGGUGAAAAACUGAUAGCGACGUGAGGGACGAGAGAGAUCGAAGGUGAAGCCCGAAGGGAAGGUCACUAUUAUGCCCAAGCAUUAUUGGUGAUCCUAUUUUGAUGGGUCUUUCUGUAAUGAACUUCUUGGAUAUUGUUUUCUGUGAAAUCUAAAAAAUCAAAAACGCCAUUCAGGAACCUAGACUAAACAGGAUCCAUGGAUUUUAUUA